AUGGAAAGUCAGAAAAACAUCUCAGAAUUUAUUCUUUUAGGACUUUCUUAUGACCCAAAUAUACAGUUAUUUUGCUUUGUACUGUUCUUACUCUGUUAUGUUUCCAUAUUGGUAGGAAAUUUGCUGAUCCUCAUUUCCAUUCGAUGCAGCUCUCUUUUUCACCAACCAAUGUACUAUUUCCUCAGCCACUUGUCUUCUAUGGACAUCUGCUAUACCUCUAGUGUGACACCCAAGCUAAUUAGUGACCUGCUAAUGAAGACAAAAUCCAUCUCUUAUGAUAGCUGCAUGCUACAGGUCUUUAGCAUGCACUUUUUUGGUGGUAUCGAGAUCUUCAUUCUUACUCCCAUGGCCUUUGAUCGCUGUGUUGCUAUCUGCAAACCUCUCCAUUAUAUGGUUAUCCUGAACAGAACAAGAUGUAAUCUUCUUAUCUUUGCUGCUUGGCUUGGUGGAGCUGCCCAUUCCUUUCCUCAAUUAUUUAUGGCAAUCCUGUUACCCUUUUGUGGUCCUAAUGAAAUCGAUCACUAUUUUUGUGAUAUAUUCCCUUUACUGAAAGUUGCCUGUACUGAUACCUACAUCAUUGGUGCUCUUGUGGUUGCCAAUUCAGGUAUGGUUGCCUUAGUAACCUUUGCUGUCUUAGUUGUUUCUUAUGUCAUUAUAAUAUUCACCUUAAGAAAUCACUCAACUGAGGGAAGACGCAAAGCACUGUCUACUUGUGGAUCUCAUGUCACUGUGGUGGCUUUAUUUUUUAUUCCUUCAAUCUUUAUCUAUCUUAGACCUCCUACCACUUUCCCUGAAGAUAAAGUCUUUGCUCUAUUUUAUACCAUCAUUGCGCCUAUGUUUAAUCCUUUAAUCUAUACCCUGAGAAACACAGAGAUACAAAAUGCCAUGAGAAAAGUUUGGUGUCAUAGAUUAUUUUUUGUUGUUGUUGUUAUUUGGGCUAAGGUCUGA